UCAUCAGAUAGCCCAGCUGCGUCAUGAGCUUUCCAUGAGAGACGACCUGCUCCGCUUGUACGCCAGCACAGAGGAGAUCGAGAACGCCUCCGACUCACACUCACUAAUGAAGAGGAACAAGUCAUCUUACUCCCUCAGUAACUUUGUCGAUUAUGACUUCAUACAGCAGAAACUCAAAGGUCUGGAGGAGGAGAACCUCAAACUACGCUCUGAGGCCAAUGAACUGACGUCAGAGACUGUUAACAAUGAGGAACAAGAGCAGGAGCUGAUGAUGCCUCUGUGAAUAAGCAGGUGGUGGACCUGUCUGAUGAGUUGGCCCGUAAGGUGGAGGACACUCUCAGGCAGCAGGAGGAGAUCAGUUCCCUGCUUGGACAGAUAGUCGACCUGCAGGCACGCUGC